ACGACCGCGUUUUCACGUGAAUGAUCGGGUACUUUACCAAAAUCAAAUUCCUAAUAAGAAAGCUCGACAAAUCGAUCUUGAUUUCUAUAGCCGGAAUUAAAAAAAAAAAUGUCUUCUCUUGCAGCAGCUAGAGCCGAUAAUUUUUACUACCCGCCGGAAUGGUCCCCGAAAAAGGGUGGUUUGAACAAAUUCCAUGGGCAACAUGCAUUGAGGGAGAGAGCAAGAAAAUUAGACCAGGGUAUUUUGAUAAUAAGGUUCGAAAUGCCCUUCAAUAUAUGGUGUGGUGGUUGCAAUUCUAUGAUUGCAAAGGGUGUUCGUUUCAAUGCAGAGAAAAAGCAAGUGGGAAAUUAUUAUUCUACAAAGAUAUGGAGCUUUACCAUGAAAUCUGCAUGCUGCAAACAUGAAAUUGUUAUCCAUACAGAUCCAAAAAAUUGCGAGUAUGUGAUUAUUAGUGGGGCUCAACGAAAAAAUGAGGAGUUUGAUGUUGAGGAUGCAGAAACAUUUGCACUCCCUGCAGAUGAAGAGAAAGGCAAGCUUUCAGAUCCAUUUUACCGUCUUGAGCAUCAGGAAGAGGAUUUGCAGAAGAAGAAAGAAGCUGAGCCUGUUCUAGUCCGCCUUCAGCGAGUAUCUGAUGCCAGGCAUUCGGAUGACUAUGCCCUCAACAAGGCUCUUCGUGCCCGAAUGAGAAGUCAUAAGAAAAGAGUUGCUGAAGAAGAGUCCACUUCCAGGAAAAUGGGUCUUGGCAUACGCUUGCUUCCAGCAACUGAAGAAGAUGCUGUCUCUGCAGCUCAUGUAAAGUUCUCUUCCAAGUUUGACAAAAAUAGGAAGGAUAAGCGAGCAUUGAUCAGUGCUGCUUCAAUAUUUCCUGGGUCAUCUGGUUCUUCAAUGUCCAAUAAGAAACGUUUGGAGCUAGAAUCCAAGAGAAGGAAAAUUAGUGCUGCUGCGGCCACUAAUUUGCUGACGGGGGGUUUCAAGCCAUCAUCAUGGUCACAGGGUACGGUUUCUUGCAGCAAGCGCAAGCAGAAUUCCAUGAAUGCCAGACGUGUUUAGGUAUGGUUCCCGGAUGUUAUGAAAGAGCCAGUGUUCUUUAUCCUAAGGCCUUGGAUCAUGUUGUGUGUAAUUUUUCUAAUAUGUUCUUUCCAUCCUUUGCCUAGGCUCUGGAUCUCUGUACAUACAAAUUUACUGCUUGGUUUGGUUUUUCCCCCCUCACCUGCCCCCCGAGUCUAGGGGAUCCACACGAAGUUAUUAUAUUGGAUGUGCAACCAGUGUUGUAUGCUAUUGUUUCAAUAAAGAAAUGAAAUGGCUAUUACCAAA